UCGAACAAGUCGGUUGAGAUACGAGAGCGGUUCUUAUUAAAUUUUUAAACUAAGUAAAUCACUUCAAAAUGCAUAUAGCAAUUGUUGGUGGUGGUAUCAAUGGUUUUUGCUGUGCUGUUAGAAUUUUGGAACACUUCCAAGCAAAUAAAACACCCAUAAAAGUAACUGUUAUCUCUGAAGAAUUUUCGCCAAACACAACAGGUGAUGGUUCAGCCGGUUUAUGGGGACCAUAUUUAUUAGGCGGCACACCCACAAACAAAGUACAUAAAUGGUCGAAGGGUAUGCAUGAUUUUUUGCAAGAGUUAUGGCUCUCCGAAGAUGCGGGUGAAGCAGGUGUAUGUCUUAUACCAGUGGUGCGCUUAUCAACAAACGAUGUGAAAGUUGAAGAUUUCUGGAAAGAUAUCGUUUAUGGCUGUGCACCACUAGCAGAGGCAGAAUUAAGAGAAUGGAGCACUACACGUGCCAAAAAAUUCACUGACGGUCUUCAUUUUGUGACAUAUACUUCUGAGCCAUUGAAACUGUUGCCUUACUUAAUGAAACGCUUUCAGAAGAAUGGCGGAAAAAUCGUUCAACAGAGAGUAGAAGACUUAAAUGAAAUUAUCAAUAACGACCAAUACGACAUCGUAAUAAACUGUACUGGUUUGGGCUCUCGAGAACUGCUUAAGGAUGCAAAUAUGCAUGCUGUCCGAGGGCAGGUUUCAAGGGUUAAGGCAAAUUGGUUAUAUUUCGUUGUGUUGGAUGAAAGCGAUGAUGGAAACUAUAUAAUACCCAACACAGAGUCUGUUGUAUUGGGUGGCACCCAUCAGAAGGAUGAUUAUAAUAAAGUGGUAUGUCCAAAUGAUAAGAAAUUCAUAAUUGAUGGUUGCAGGGAAAUUGUACCAGGUUUGACAAAUGCGCAGCAUUUAUUCGAUUGGGUUGGCUUACGACCUGGUAGAACUAGUCUGCGCUUAGAUGUGGACAAAAAUGUUAAAAAAAUUAUUAUACAUAAUUAUGGACAUGGAGGUAGUGGAGUUACACUGGCUUGGGGUUGCGCAGCCGAUGUUUUGGAUUUACUGAUCAACGAAAUGAAAAAUAGAAAUUUAGUGAAAUCUAAAUUGUAA